AUGUGUGAAACAUCGAACUCAAGCCUUAUUACUCUCCAACUUGCGGGACACAAAGCGUCGAUCCGAUGUCUUUGGAGAGUCAACUCAGCCCCGACGGGCACCCACGCGCCAUUCCGAACUUUCGAUCUGUUAUUAACCACGGAGUCUGUCUGGCCCCAGUCCGAAGCGCUGGAGGUCCUCUCCCCGCAAAAUCUCGAGAUAAUCGAAGUGAUCCACAGCAAUGCGAAUGCAACCCGGGUUCUGGGGGAGAGUCUUGCUCAACAAUUCUUGUACAGAUGCAUUCGCAAUCACAUUCAAGGCAAAGGCUCGUCAUUGACAGCCUUGAAGCUCCUACUGCCCAACGUGGAUGGGUACAUUCUACGCAAGGACCUGAUCCAACGGCGGUUCCUGGGAUGUGAUCUCGCAUGCGAAAUUGCGGAAUUUGUUGCACCCCGACAGCCCGUGCACAGAUUCAAGGGAGCCACAGACAUGUUCGCUGCGGCUCUCGACCAGGCGGUGGGUGGCUUUCUUGCGCGCGAAACGGGAGCGAACCGGCAAGUUGCGGAAUGUGUGUUGAUGCAACUUGAGCUGGAGGCCACGCUUCGAUUGUCCUUUCCAUGGAUCAUGGCCGAUCCCCUGCCACAGUACCGCUUGGCCAUCGUGGAAGGUCGUCCACACCCCAGUAUCUCUGCAGCGGCGGAAGGCCCUUAUCGGGCUGCGUCCGCCCUCGGCGUGGAGGUGGCUGUUCUGGAUUUCGACGGUCAUUGGCUUCAAGAUGCCAAUCAGCGGAGUCUGUGCAGCGAGUUUAUUGUCUGCGACAUUACCCCUGACGAUGGAUUGCCGGACAGAAUCGUCGCUGCGGUGGCCCGGAGCCGGGGUCCUAUACACGGCAUCAUCACGUAUUCUGAUAAGCUGCUCGUUCCCACCGCCAAAGCCGCACGACUGUUGGGGCUUUGGACCAAUGACCCCCACUGCAUUGAGGCUUGUUGCGAUAAAGUCAAGUUACGCGGGCUUGCGCAACCGGGUCAGCCUGUCUUGUCGGCGAGGGAUGUCGCCGAUUUGCGGCACAAGCUCCAUGCUUUGUCUACGCCACUGAUUUACCCAUUGAUUAUCAAACCGGCUCAAGGCUGUUCCUCGGAAGGAGUCGUGCUGGUGCAGACCGAGCAGGAGUUGCUGGCCGCGAUGGACAAGAACCACGCCAAUUUCCCGGACCGGGAGCAGCUCAUUGAGCCAUAUAUCUCAGGCCCCGAAGUCGACGCGAACUUGGUCCUGGUUGAUGGCGGGAUUGUGUUCAGUGAGAUCAAUGACGAUUUCCCGUCCGGGGCCGACCUUGAAGUUGGAGCCGACCGGUCCCAGUCUCCUUCCUUUGCCGAAACGGCGACCAUCAUGCCCUCAGCGCUUCCUCCAUCCGAACUAGCGCUGCUGGAAUCCGAGUUGGUGGAACGUCUGCGCAGCGUAGGUCUGCAGACCGGCAUGUUCCACAUCGAGGCGCGCCCCAGCAUUUUUCUGAUUGAGAUCAACCCGCGCACGCCUGGACAUCAAGAGUCUUUCGCCGUGGAAUACACCUACGGCAUCGACUACUACGCACUGUACACCCUCCUUGCGCUGCGCGAGGUGCCGGACGGUUCCAGCCAUGGACCCAUCCCGGAUCCCGCCGCACUCCAAGCCUUGAAGACACUCAGUUGUCCUUUGCCCGAGGUCAUCCAGUAUCCCACCACCAUCGUCUUUAUCCCCGUCUCGCGCGGGGGUACGUUUGCUGGAGCCGCGCCCAUUCCAGCUUCCCUCUCGCCAUAUAUUCCCCAUUACCGGGUUCUGUUCCAGCGUGGAGAAACAAUCCCCGACCCCCACCAAUCCGGUCGGUGGCCCUUUGUGGCUUAUUUUCUCGUAACAGCCAGUCUCACUGGCCAGGCCGGACGGGAACAGGUUCGGGCUCUAGGCGAAUGUAUUAGACAUGAGUUUCACUAUGAGAUUCUGUAA